GUGCCUUCACUUCCUGCUGCCACAGCCGGGACUCUGAGCGCUGGAGCUGGAGGUGUUUUUUCUCAUCCGACUAUAUCAUUUAUUCUAACAAAGAACAGCAGGCAACAAUGUCCAGCUUUCCGGAGCUGUACUUUAACGUGGAUAAUGGCUACCUGGAAGGACUGGUGCGCGGCUUUAAGGCUGGGAUCCUGUCACAGGGCGACUAUUUGAACCUGGUGCAGUGCGAGACGCUGGAGGACCUGAAGCUGCACCUUCAGAGCACGGACUAUGGGAACUUCUUGGCGAACGAGGCCUCCCCCCUCACUGUCUCUGUCAUCGACGACAAGCUGAAGGAGAAAAUGGUUGUGGAGUUUCGCCACAUGAGGAACCAGUCCUACGAGCCACUGGCCAGCUUCAUGGACUUCAUCACGUACAGCUACAUGAUUGACAAUGUGAUCCUCCUGAUAACGGGCACCCUGCACCAGCGUUCCAUCUCUGAGCUGGUGCCCAAAUGUCAUCCCUUAGGCAGCUUUGAGCAGAUGGAGGCAGUGAACAUUGCUCAAACCCCUGCUGAGCUCUACAACGCUAUCCUGGUGGACACACCUCUGGCUGCCUUCUUCCAGGACUGUAUAUCUGAGCAAGACCUGGAUGAAAUGAACAUUGAAAUUAUCAGGAACACUCUUUAUAAGGCUUACCUGGAGUCUUUUUACAAGUUCUGCUCAACCCUGGGUGGCACUACAGCAGACACCAUGUGUCCUAUCCUUGAGUUUGAAGCCGACAGAAGAGCUUUCAUCAUCACCAUUAACUCCUUUGGGACGGAGCUGUCAAAGGAGGACAGGGCCAAACUGUUUCCUCAUUGUGGGAAGCUGUACCCGGAGGGACUGGCCCAGCUGGCCCGGGCUGAUGACUAUGAGCAGGUCAAGGCAGUGGCAGACUACUACCCUGAAUAUAAACUUCUUUUUGAAGGGGCUGGGAGUAACCCUGGAGAUAAAACUCUUGAAGACAGAUUCUUUGAGCACGAGGUAAAGCUGAACAAGUUGGCUUUUCUGAACCAGUUCCACUUCAGUGUGUUUUAUGCCUAUGUGAAGCUGAAAGAGCAGGAGUGCAGAAACAUCGUGUGGAUCGCCGAGUGCAUUGCUCAGAGACACAGAGCCAAGAUCGACAACUACAUCCCCAUAUUCUAAAGCAAGCUCUGCAGAGUUCUGCACUGGCAGGUUGUAUGUGAUGGUCUAUCACUUUGUAUGAUCAUUUCAAAAAUUAUAAAAACCAUACAAGGAAAAUUAUAUUGUACUGUUAUACGAAGUGUCUCAUCUCUUUUUUUUUAAAUUGGCUAGUUUAGUUAUUUAAUUGGUAUUGUUUCUAGCUGGAUUUUAAGAAAUAAAGGCGCCAAAUGGAAAUUAAGCCUGGUUCUGUCUAGCUAGCAUCAGGUUAUUCCUAGCAAAAAAAUUGGAUUUGUCUUUAUUUUACAUGUAUUCCUGGGAUCUGGCUACAGAAAGCAUGGUUCAUUAUGCAAUGUCAUCAUCACCUGACCUGCAGUUUCCUGAAGAGUUUCAUGCUCCUAGUACGUUCUCACCCAUGUAAAAGGUGAUGUUCACAGAAACACUGUGUUCUUAAUUGUUACAGCUUGAAAACAGUUGUUCUUAAUGUGAAAGUCUUGUGAUUCCCUUGAUUCUUUCAGAAUUGCUGCUCAUUUGGUUCAAACUGUAAUAACCCUCUGGGUCAGUGAGAACCAUUUUACCUGAUGGGUUUUUAUUGUGAAACACGACAGAUUUGUUAUUGAGGGUUUAAGUACAAUACAAUGUACAAGUUCAGUUUAUUUUAAUUCCUUCAUUGUUACCAUUAAAUUGCCCUCUAAGGAUCUAGUUGUACAAAUUGAGUUGGUGUUUUUUGUAAUCGUUUUCCUUUAAUACUUUAGAUUUUGCCCAAUUUUUCCCAGUUUUUUUUUGUUGCUGCUGUUUGUUUUCUGUUCACUGAUCUGUCAGUUAAGCUGAAACGUGUCCUACUGCCUUUAGAAAAGGCCUCUGAUGGGACAUAGUCAGUCUGAUAAUCUUCACAGCCUAAGACACACAAACGAGUGAUGCAGACUGGUUUCUUGCUUCGCUGAAGCUGGACUUUCCCUUAUUCUCAACACUUUCACAAGCCCCAGAACUGCAUGCUGACCAGAGGACCAAAUGGUUUGUAUGACUCGUCCGGGACUGAAAUACUUGUUACUGGCCCUAGAUUUCUUGCCAUAUUCAUUCUGAUAGUAGUACACAGUGAUGGGUAUCUCAGACCCAGAAGUGCAUCACCAGAACUCACACAGUACAGAAUACAGACUGGAAGAGCCCUUAGUAACAAUCUCAGCCGCAGGGGCACCUGGAGAACUGCAGUGGCUUCUGUUCCAAAGCAGAACUUCAGUUUUAGUGUUACUUACAGUAUGCGUGUUUGAGAAACUUAUAACAUUCCACUGUCAGGUGUUAUUUCAGUUGUUUGUAUGGAUGUAGAAUUUUGUUUUUCACUGAAUUUUGUUGUGGACAUCCAGGUGUUGUUCCCUUUAUUGUUUCAAGCAAGCAGUGUUCCUUAUAGGGUUCUGUUUCUUAUCACCUCUUUCAGCAUGUUGCAUGUAAUGUAUAGACCCCAUAUUUGAGUAGUCAGAAUUGUGUUUCUAAAAGGAAUAUUCUCCGUCAUUAGUGCUCAGUUAAAAUAUCUGGGUGUGCUGUUUGAUUUUCACCGUGAUCCGGAUUGCCAAUCUCUGUGAAAGCAUUAAAACUGAAAGAUAAAAAGCUUUUGUGGCAAAUGUGUCAAUGAGGGCGUCAGUGUAGAUUAAAGUUUAAAAAAUAUGACAGAAGAAAACUUUGAGUAAGACACAUUAAAAAUAAGUUAUGAAGCCAACUCCUUCUGCAGGGCUCCACUUUCUCCAGAUUUAUUGAAACAAUGUUGUAAUUAUAGACUGUUUUAUACUGUACUGUAAUGGUUUGGGCAUCAUAACAAACGUGCUUAAACUUGGGGUUCACAACCAUAUUUGUUUUCCUUGUUAUUUGGGGUUAUGUGGUGGAGGUUUGAUGUUGUUUUGCCAUGAAUAGUACAAAGAUGGAAUGUGGCUUAGAUGGAAUAAUCACUUUUUUAGUUAUGGGUGUACUGUGGUUGGAGAGACUCAUGGGGUUCUGUCUGCUAGCUGUGUCGGUUCUGUCUAGAAGCAGCUUGGUUGAGCUGUGCUCCUUCCCCUCUUAUAGAUGUAGACUUUCUUGGAAAGUAUACGGUAGCAGCAGAAUUUAAAUUAUUGUAAUGGAAUUGAUCAAAUGAAGUUGUAUUAUGUGGAAGAAAAUAUUUAACAUUUAAAAUAAUAUGUAUAGUUUAUGAAAAAAAUGCCUGACUCUUUGUAAAGCUUCAUUGUGCUGUAUAUAUUUGUGUGGCUGACUGCCAUCUGGGAUUCAAGAUGUGCUCCUAAUCUGGUUUCCUGUUGUGUGCAUAUUGUGUUUAUCUUCAGUGUGACAAUAAACACCUACCCUCAAUUA